GUGGUCACACCCUCCCUUCUACCACUCCGCCAAUCAGAGGGCACGUUUUUAUGUCGUAGCACGCUUGCUAACGGAAAUAGCAGUGGCACCACAGUUGACACAAACAACCUCAGUCUUUAUAAAUAAGAUGGAGGUGGAUCAGCUGCUGUCUCUCUCAGGUCCAGCUCUGGCUCAGGCCAUCAGCUCUCUACUGGAAACCCCAGGCCUCUAUGUUUUCUCAGACAUACUAGAACUGCCCAACGUCCGUGAGCUGGAGACGGGUCCCCAUGCUCCAGUGUACCAGCUUCUCAAUCUUUUUGCGUAUGGAACCUACUGCGACUAUAAAGAGAGGGCAGCCUCACUUCCUGAACUCACACCCGCCCAGAAGAACAAACUCCGUCACCUGUCAAUCAUCAGCCUGGCCUCCAAUCUAAAGUGUCUGCCGUAUUCACUACUGCUCCAGCAGUUAGAGCUGAAGAAUGUGCGUGAGCUGGAAGACCUGCUGAUCGAGGCUGUUUACAGUGACAUUAUCCACGGGAAACUGGACCAGAGGAACCAGCAGGUCGAGGUAGAUUGCAGCAUAGGUCGAGACCUGGGCCCCAACGAAUUACCCAACAUUGCCAACACACUGCAGGAGUGGUGUGCAGGCUGUGAAGCAGUUCUGUGUGGCAUUGAGGAGCAGGUGUCAAGAGCCAAUCAGUACAGAGAAAGCCAGCUCAAGGUCAAAGUUCAAGUGGAAACAGAGGUAUCAAACCUACAGAAAACCCUCAAGGCAAGUUCUGCUUCCCCAUCAUCUGGCCCCGCCCCUGCUGGAGCAGCAUCCAAUCAGGAUGCAGACCAGCCGGCCGAGCCAAGAGACCCUGCCUCCUCUCAGGAACCACGGCAACCAGGAAAAAAGAGUUCAAAGGUCAAAGGGCUUCGUGGGAGCGGAAAGAUUUGGUCAAAGUCUAAUUGAUCUCAAUCUUCAGUAACCCGCUCACAGACACACAUAUUGUUGACUGCUUGCUUGUAUAGACAGAUAAACCAACCGAUGGCCACUUCUCAGUCAUAGACCAUCAUCAUAGUCUAACACAGAUACAACUUUUACAUAACGCUGGGUGCGUGUUCAUAUGCGUGCGUGCUGUAAAUGUAAUUUCAUUUGACUCAUACUCCUUUUCCUUUGCGUGUUUGUUUUUGUUCGUUAUUAAAUCUGGAUGUAAAUUGAUGAAGCAAAUGAAUAAAUUAUAUCCAUCUGUCA